AUGAACCUGAUCGAGGAGCCGAGCCAGGCUUGCCUGAAAAGGGUGAAGCGUGACCUUGCCGACUUCCACGCCGACCAGCCACCGGGCGUAUUCAUGGCGCCCGACGAGAAGGACAUAACCACCGUCCACGCCGUCGUGGCGGGAGCUGCAGGCACGUCGUACGAGGGCGGCUUCUUCCACCUGCUCAUCAAGUACCCUCUUGUACGCUUCCUGACAACCGAUGGAGGGCACGGGCACUUCAACCCGCACGUCUUGUCCAACAGUCACAUCUGUCUCAGCUUGCGGAGCACCAUGGUUGGGCAGCCCUGGACACCCACACAUAACGUGCCGUUGGUGGCCGUGUCCAUCCAGCCGACGUUGGACGGCAAUGUCGAACGCGACUACACCCUCGAAGCUUUCGAGCACAUCAUCACCAGCCAUAUCUGCGGGACCAUUUGA